CGUUUUCUUUUUUUUUUUUUCUUUUUUAUCUACAUUAUAUUGAAAGGUUUCACUAUUGCAAACAUUUUAAUAGAUACUUAUUAUUUUUUAACAUCUUAACAGAUACUCUGACCCGUAACUACCGUAAAAUGCUUCGAGCGGAAGUAGACGCCUUUCGCGCAUGCGUGGUACCGAUCGGGUUUCCGGUACGGAUCGGGUAGCGACAAGAAGCUAUGGUGGUUAGCCACAUUAGCUCUUUGCUAUUUUGGUGUGUGAAAUUACUAUUUUGAGCCUCUAGGAGACGUUAUUAGUAAAAAUAAUAAUAAUAAUAAUAAUAAGAAGAAGAAGACUAAAUGCUGCUGAAGAAAUGUUUCUACCAUGCGGAAGAUAUUAUUCUCUUCCUCAACAACAUGAUGUUACACAGGUGGUGGUGGUGGUGGUUAAAGAAGAAGCUCCUGAAGGACUGAGUGCUGAUGUGGACCAGCAGGACCCAGAACACCAUAUAAAGGAGGAAGAGGAGGAACACUGGACCAGUCUUGAUAGAGAUCAGUUCCAUUUGAAGGAGGAGAUGGAUGCCUCCAGGUUCCCAUUCACUGCAGUUUCUAUAAAGAGUGAGAAUAAUGAAGAGAAACCUGUGUUCUUACAGCUUCAUCAGCAGCAAAUAGAAGACAGAGAUGUUCCAACCAGCAGCUUAGCUGACCAGAUGACAACAGAGACGGGUGGAAUAGCAGAAAGUAGCAGGAACCCAGAUCUAAGUCGUUAUGAACACACAUCUGAUUCUUCAGAGACUGAAGUUAGUGGAGAGGAUGAGGAUGUGAAUCUAGAGCCUGAACUGUCAGAAUCUGAGUCUAAAACUGGAGACAGAGACAAUGACUGGAAUAAGAGUAGAUCUUUUGAGUCAGAUGUUGAGACUGAGCAGACAGAGCAAAAACCAUUUAGUUGUGAUGUCUGUAGGAAAAGAUUUGAUAAAAAUCUAAUUUAAAAACACACACUAGACUUCACACAGGACAGAAACUUUUUGUUUGUGAGCACUGUGGACAAAGAUUUAGCCAAAAGGCAAAUUUAAACACUCACAUGAGUGUCCACACAGGACAGAAGCCUUUUGCGUGUGAGUUCUGUGGACAGAGAUUUAGCCGAAAGGCCCAUUUAAACACUCACAUGAGUGUCCACACAGGUCAUAAACCUUUUGCUUGUGAGUUCUGUGGACAAAGGUUUAGCGAUAAGACAACUUCAAAGAGGCAUGUGAGAGUCCAUACGGGACAGAGGCCUUUUGCUUGUGAACUCUGUGGACAAAGAUUUAGCAUUAAUUCAACUUUACACCGUCACAUGAGAGUUCACACAGGACAGAAGCCUUUUCCCUGUGAGCUGUGUGGACAAGGAUUUAGCCAAAAGACACAUUUAAACAGACACAUGACAGUCCACACAGGACAUAAACCUUUUGCUUGUGAGCUCUGUGGACAAAGAUUUCGCCAGAAGACAACUUUAAACAAUCACUUGAGAGUCCACACAGGACAGAAACCUUUUGCCUGUGAGAUCUGUGGACAAAGAUUUAGCCAGAAGACAACUUUUAAUAGUCACAUGAGGGUCCACACAGGACAGAAACCUUUUUCCUGUGAGCUCUGUGGACAACAAUUUAGCCGAAAGACAUAUUUAAAUAGGCACAUGAGAGUCCACACAGGACACAAAGAACCAAUUUAAAGACCAAGUUCACUUGGGUUUUCCAUUGCAUUUACAGUGGUUUCCAGUAUAAAUGAAUGCCUUGUGAGUCGAUCUCUGUGGAAAAAAAUCUCACGCUCAUGUUUCAGGACGUAAAACUUAACCGGAGGUGAGGGGAGCAGAAAAUGGCAGGAUUUGGAGUCCUGCUAUCUGUCCUCAGAUUUGCUAGCAGCAGUGCAACUCUACCCUGCAAGACAUGAGCCCAUGAAUGAAAAUUUACAUUGUGAUGUUAAUCUGUGCGGCUUCUUCAAACCCAAGCGUUUACCCCUUUAUUUUCUAUUGACGCCUAAUGGGCUCGACACACGGGAGGCAGCAUCACCUGGGCUGCACAUGGGCUGCAUGGUGGCGCAGCUGUUAGCACUGUUGCCUUGCAGCAAGAAGGUUGCAGGUUUGAAUCUCGGCUGCAUCUUUUCUGCGUGGAGUUGCAACUUCCCUCCAUGCAUACAUGGGUUUCCUCCGGGUACACCGAUUUUCCCCACAGAUCACAACAUGCCCUAUAGAUCAACAACUGUAAGUGUCUUUGGCUAAAAGUGUCUGCCAAAUAAAUAAACAUCACCUCUCCUCCAUUAA